AUGGCCAAGCUCGUCGUCCUCGCCGUGCUCGCCUCGUUGAUCAGUACCGUUUCGUGCCAAUCUUGGACGUGGUCAAUCUACAGAAGCUGGGGCUAUUCCAGUCCCACAUGGGGGACCCCAUGGACUUAUAAUUCUGCACCGACGACGUGGACGACCCCUCCCCCACCUCCAUCUUCCAAUGGCCUCAAGGUCGGCUACUACGCCGACCACAAUUGCUCUAACGCAGAGAACAUCGUGAGGGCUGCCGUGGAGAAAGCCAGCGCUGGCAUCCUUGCCGGCCUCAUCCGCCUCGCCUUCCACGACUGCUUCGUACGGGGGUGCGAUGCCUCCGUUCUUCUCGAGGGCUCAGAUAGGGAGAAGCAGGGUUUCCCGAACCUGAGCCUGCGUGGCUUCGACAUCAUUGACGCGUCGAAGGACGCCCUCGAGAAGGAAUGCCCGGGCGUCGUCUCAUGCGCCGACAUCGUCUCCUUCGCAGCUCGCGACGCUAGCUACAUCCUCAGCUACAAGAAGAUCAACUACACCGUGCCGGCUGGCCGCUUCGACGGGAAAGUGUCGUUCGCCAACGAGACCAUGGGACAGAACCUGCCCCCGCCCUUCGCCGACCUGGCUACGCUCAAAAAGAUGUUCGCUGACAAGGGGCUCGACCAGGCCGACAUGGUCGUGCUCUCCGGCGCCCACACCGUCGGCAUCUCCCACUGCCCCUCCUUCUCCGACCGCGUCCACCCGCCGACCAGCCCCUCCCCGAACAUGGACACCACGCUCGCCGCCAAGCUGAACCAGACAUGCAACACGCCAAACAACGCCACCACCACGGCGUCGCAGGAUUCUGAGACCCCCAACGCGUUGGACAACCAGUACUACAAGAACGUCAUGUCCGGCAAGGUGCUCUUCACCUCCGACGCGGCGCUGAAUUCGUCGGAGACGCUGGAGCUGGUGAAAAAAUAUGCCGGGUCAGAUGAUUGGAACACAGCCUUUGGAGCAGCCAUGGUGAAGAUGGGCUACAUCGGGGUGAAGAGCAGCAAAGAGGGCGAGAUCAGGAAGAAGUGCGGGGUUAUCAACAAGUCCUAA